AAUUCCACCACCGAGUUUGAGCGGAGGUGACGACGUCGGAGGCGACGGCGGCCGAGCGGAAGCUUGGGCCACUUUGCAGCGAUAAGUCACUUUAUUAUUACCAUUAUUUCUUCCGGCAGAACAAUAAUGACGCUCUUGCCCCUGCCCCUUCUGCGCAAUCAAGAAUGGGUUAUUGUUCAUUUGCGGGGUAUUUCCGUCAAAGUGAAGGAACCUCCCGUCGUUCCAUCCGCCGGCGGCGCCAAACAAACCGUGUUGGUAGCGGCCGCCGCCGCCGUAUCCGAAACCGGCCGGAUCCAUGAAAAGGUUCUUGGUGACCUAAUAUUUUCUGUCUUCGCAUCUGGCGUGCGGCACCACCAUUAGCCGCCCGCCGAGCCGUUGUUCUUCUUCCAAUCCAAAUUUCCUACCACCACCAAACUGACAACACCUCAAACCUAAACCUUACCCAUAUUGAAUCACAAGAAUCAUCAGCAUUCCAUACCCUUUCUACCCAUCACCUUACCGCAGAAACAAAUCCAUAUUGGUUUGUAGAAAGUGCCGCACCAAUUGUCAGGGUCUCUUUGGCCGCAAGUCACUCCCGUCAUCCUUAGAAGGAUGUCCUUCUCAAUGAAGAAUAUAACUCAUGAAGAAAUUGUCCGACAAGGG